AUGAAAUGUCUAGAAUUGAAAGGGAUUCAGCAUCAAAAAUCUAUUCCAUAUACACCUGAGCAAAUGGGGGUAGGUGAGAGGAAUAAUGGAACUCUUGUAGAACGUGCAAGAUCCAUGUUAACUGAUGCUCAUCUUGAUAAAAAAUAUUGGGCAGAAGCUGUUCAAACUGCUAAUCAUUGUAAAAAUGUUUCCUCUACAGUGGCAGUUACAGGUAUGACUCCUUAUGAAAAAUGGAGUGGAGAUAAACCAAACUUGGAGUACUUAAGAGUUUUUGGGUGUCGUGCAUUUGUUCAUAUCCCUAAAGAAAAGCGAACAAAAUGGGAUGCUAAGGCAAGGGAAAUGAUGUUUAUAGGUGGGAGUAUAUCUAAUUCUUCAGACAAUGAGACUAAUAAUGAUUCCAAUAAUGAAACAGAAAGUUUAAGAAAUGAUAAUGCUGAAACUGAUUUGCCAGAUAAUGUUGUUCCUCAUAGUGAUGAUGCUAUUGAUAAUAACACAAAUAUAGACAAUUCAGUUGAUAAUUCUCUGCCUGUAUUGACUCUUCCAUACAGAGAGACAAAAAUUCCAAAUCGUUAUCAGGAUUUCGAUAUGAAUGGUAUGCCAGAUUUGCAAAUGCCCAAUUUAAAUCGUAUGUGUUAUGUAAAAGCUUUGGCAGCAAUGAUAAAUGAUUGUUAUCUAGAACCUAAAACAAUUGAAGAGUCAUUGAAUGGUCCUGAUGGGAAUCAUUGGAGAGACUCUAUAACUGAAACUAUAUUGGGUCAUAUCAAAAAUAAAACAUGA